UAUAUAUAGUUAUGGGCGUGUCCAAAUGAAAAUUGAAUUCGAGAGAAGCUUCCUGGCCUUAAAAAUGUGGUCACACUGGUAAAGCAAACGAGAAAUAUUAUGGGUAACUAGGAAAUCUAUAAAACGAACAUCUACAGUGUUUAGGAAGACAGAGAGACUAAGUAAAAAAAUUGCAUUGGUGGGGUCUAUAGAGCAGAUCCUUGCUGCUAAGUUCUAUAGGAGCUGUGAAGAUCUCCACAAAGGCUAUAUAUAUGCUUGCACCUAAUUAGCUGGAUUAUUGGAAUAAUUCAUACCCACCUUGGUAAUUUACAAAUUUCCACAAAAAUUUCACAUUUAGAUGAAAUUGUUAGGCUGUGGACAGUGGUAGUAAAAUAUAUCAUAAUAAUUCUGGAGGAGUCUGAGUCAUGCAGUUGGGCAGCUGCUUCAUCAACUAUGAAGACUUCAAAGAGAAUCUCAAAAUUUACAGAAGGGAGACAAAAAACAGCUAUAGCAUCCAGUCCAGCAUAUCUGUGCGGUACCAUAACACCAAACAUGGCAAAAACUUGCGCCAGGAUAUCACGUUUGUUCAUGCAAAGUUUUGCUGUUCCCAGCUCCAAAACCACAAACGGAAGUCCAAUAUUGUCUGCCCAGCUUUCUUUGUUGUGCAGUAUAAUGAGGAUUUGGAUCGUUUGGUGAUAAUUGAAGAGAAUUCCAAUCACAUUCAUACUGAGGAAUACAAGAAAACCAUCCCUUCCAUGCAAGUGUCCAGGAAACCAAACAACCCUUCUAAAAAGUUUUGUAGCUAUAGCCAGUCACCAGUAUUGCCAGAUGAUGGUGCUGUGAAGGGUUAUCCUUUAUCAGAAAAUGUCUUACACUCACAGCAUAAUUUUUCUUUUAAAGAGGAAACGCUGCCUGACACACAGUAUGUUGAGUCUUUAAACAAGGAAGCCCCCUCAGUGAGUACUUUGUAUAUAAAAGAGGGUGCUGUGUCAUUAGAACAGGUGAAUCCCUCUGAAAUCCUGAAUGGUAAUGCUUCUGAUGCAAUUAUAGCUCCGUUGGAGUUUUCACUAACAGAUAUGAACCCCCCUCAGGAGCCUAUUGCUGCAACUCCUACUAUGAACGUGGCUACACUGGUAAAUCAUUUUCUGCUGAAAGAUGUAGGAUCUAAAGCCACUAUGUGCAUUGGAAGUCAAUCUCAGUUGGAGAGGCUGAGCUUCCAGACAAAUACAAUGAGGAGCAUAUUUUUGAAGUUUCCAGAAAGCCUUCUGCUUCACAGAGUGACAAGCAAAAACAGUUACAUCCUUUAUGCUUUCCUGGUGGAAAACAAAGAUAGAGUAAGUAAAAUUGUUCACUUCUGCUUUCUGAAAGAGGACAAUACAGAAAGUGUAUCAAAAAUGAUCAGCGCUUUUCAAAGUUUCAACCCAGAGUGGUCCAAGGUAAAGGUCAUCUUUACAGAAGUGUUUUUUUUGCACAAAGCUGUUUUGAAAGAGACAUUCCCAUCUGCCCAAGUGCUUCUAUCAAUGUACCAUACUGUGCGUCUAAUUGAGAGCAAAGCUAAGGUAAAUGCACCUGCCAAUGCAGUUUUGAAAAGAUCGUUGGAAAACGUUAUAUAUAAAACAUCUCCUGAUAAUGUAUUAGACUUAGCAGAUAAGCUACAGCAUCGUUUGGAUAAAGAGUUGUACAAUUUCUUGAAUACAAACUGGUUUCCUUGUGAGUUGCACUGGUACAUGCAUGUCAAGAAGGGAUUGCACUCCUGUAGUACCUACAUGCAUAGUUUGGAUCAAAUUACAAAAAAAAUAUCAAGUUUGUUUGAAAAACAGAUUUCCAUUGAACCUGCUAUCCAGCAGUUUGUGCAAUAUGCAGAUUGCUUGAAUAGCAAAACACUAGAAAACAUGGGCCAUACUUAUCCUGGCUUUUCAAAGUCUACCAAAAAGAAAAGUAAGACAAUAGAUCAACCACUUGAAACAACUGAGAAGAUUAGGCUACCUCGUAAACGGUUUAUACCAAUUGUCAGUAAACUGUCUGAACCGAAGCAGUCCAUGUCUCCCUCCACUAAGUUUGAACGUCAGCCCAGCUGCCCUGAGCCAGCCAUUGGACAAGCCUUUGCUUUACCUCCAAAUGUUAACAUCCAACCCUUUAAUGUGUCGGACACCAUAGAGCAGUCCCUUCAGAAACACCUCAAUGCAUUGGGGUAUUCUCUCUGCUUAAAGGAGUGGCAGUUAGUCCAAAAGUCCGCGCAGCUUGUCAAUGUGCAAGAAAAUAAUAUUGCAGUUCAACUUCUAGAGGAAUCCCAUCAUGUAUCUGCUGAUGGAUGCUGCUGCACUUGCUACUUCAACAGCUGCUAUAAACUGCCAUGCAGACACAUUCUGAGCAUGCUGAAUGCUAAUAAUAAGCCAGUAGAAGAGGCCAUGGUUUGUCGUCGCUGGCAGAAGAAGUAUUUUCAAGAAAGGAUGCUACUAGAGGAGGAAUUCCAGAACAGUCUGCUGCACUUUUCUAGUAGUGAGGAUGAGGCAAGGAACAGAGGUAACAAGAUUAAGUCCUUAACUACAGAACUAUCCCACCUUCUACUUCAGUGUACUGACUCUGAGUUGUUGAAGGUUAGGCUUUCCAAUCUGCAAAUAAUAGUGGAUAUGUGGAGAAAAGAACCAGAGCCUAAUAAGGAGCAAUGCUUGUCCCCAAAGAGUAGCAUUGAACUACCCUAUCAGUGGGUUAAAAAGGAACAUGUGGAUGGAGAAGAGAACUUUGAUUGUCAUGAACUUCUUAGAGUUGAUACACACCAGACUCAGAGUUGAAUAAUAGAUUUAAACCAUAAUGGAAUAACACAAAUACAGUUGACUCUUGUUUAUUAAUAUUAUGGCCAGAUUUAAUUUGGUCUGUGAACAGACUUAUCAGGAAGUGUCUGCUAUUUAUUGGUAGCUAAAUAGUUUUUUACAGUAGAUGUUUAUUCAGAAGUUAAUGCAAAUCAAAUAUACAUUUUUAAUGUUUAUUUAAAUUGUUAUCCGUUUAAAAUGUUCAACUUUUUUUCUUUUCUUUUUUUGUAGAAUUGGUUACUUUUUAUAGGGGGAAAAAGAAAUGUCAUUGAGAUUAAAAGAAAAAUAAAUGUUAUCUCCUUAAGUCUUGAUUUGAUCCAAUUACAGAGUAAGGCUGUGCCUUCUUCAAACUGUCUGAAACAAAAAUAAAUCUGAUUUCAGUAAAAAUAAAAGAUGAAUAUUAAA